AUGGGAGCUCCCCGACCCCACAGCAGCAACCCAGAUCUGGGCAUUCUGCAGGGCAUCGGGUACAGCAAACAGGUGAACAAUAAUGGGAUCAUCUCCUUCCUGAAAGAGGUCUCUCAGUUCACCCCAGUGGCCUUCCCCAUCGCCAAGGACCGCUGCGUGGUGGCAGCCUUCUGGGCAGAUGUGGACAAUCGACGGGCAGGUGAUGUGUACUACCGGGAGGCCGCUGACCCAGCAACGCUGCGCAGAGCCACAGAGGAUGUCAGGCGCUACUUCCCCGAGCUCCCGGACUUCUCCGCCACCUGGGUUUUCAUAGCUACCUGGUACCGCGUGACCUUCUUUGGAGGCAGCUCCUCUUCCCCUGUCAACACGUUCCAGACCGUGCUUAUCACUGACGGCAAGUUCUCCUUCACCAUCUUCAACUAUGAGUCCAUCACAUGGACGACGGGCACACACGCCAGCAGCGGGGGCAACACCACGGGCCUGGGGGGCAUCGCAGCCCAGGCCGGCUUCAAUGCGGGUGAUGGGCGGCGCUACUUCAGCAUCCCCGGCUCCCGCACAGCGGACAUGGCGGAGGUGGAAACCACCACCAACGUGGGUGUGCCCGGGCGCUGGGCGUUCAGAAUCGAUGAUGCCCAGGUGCGCGUGGGGGGCUGCAGCCAUACAACCUCCGUGUGCCUGGCCCUGCGCCCGUGUCUCAACGGCGGCAAGUGCAUCGAUGACUGCGUCACGGGCAACCCCUCCUACACCUGCUCCUGCCUCUCAGGCUUCACAGGGAGGAGGUGUCACCUGGAUGUGAACGAAUGUGCUUCCCAUCCGUGUCAGAACGGGGGGACCUGCACACAUGGCGUCAACAGCUUCCGCUGCAGGUGCCCGGCCGGCUUCAGGGGGCCCACCUGUGAGACAGCACUGUCUCCAUGUGACACCAGGGAGUGCCAGAACGGCGGCCGGUGCCAGGAAGAGCGGGGCUCGGCCGUGUGCCUGUGCCUGGCCGGCUACACGGGCGCGGCCUGCGAGACGGAUGUGGACGAAUGUGCCUCCAGCCCGUGCCUCAACGGGGGCUCGUGCGUCGACCUCGUGGGGAACUUCACCUGCCUGUGCGCGGAGCCCUUCGAGGGACCUCGCUGCGAGACUG